UGGGGCAACCAUGGAUGCUAUCUUGGCACGAUUGAAGCUCUUGAACCCAGAUGACCUGAGAGAGGAAAUUGUUAAAAACGGACUAAAGUGUGGCCCCAUUACAUCAACCACAAGAUUCAUUUUUGAAAAGAAACUAGCACGGGCAUUACUGGAGCACAGAAGCACCCUACCUGGUCUCCUCCCUGAGCAAGAGGCUGCAGGGGCCCCUGCCCUUGGCCGGGACUUGCAGCAGGGUCUGCACUCUGAGCAGGCCAGCCUUUCCGAAGACAGGGAUGUUGGUUACAGCACGGGCCUGAACCCGCCGGAGGAGGAUGCUGUGACUGCAGAGACCCACUCCACACCCUUCUGCGCUGCAGUGUCCCUGGAUGGCCACAGGAGCAGCCUGGCGACCCCUGCGGAGCCUGCUCUGUUCUAUGGCGUGUGCCCAGCGCAUGAGGACACCCCCCUGAGAAGUGGUAAUGUGGCAGAAAGGAUUCAUGUUUAUGAAGACAAAAAGGAGGCACUGCAAGCUGUUAAAAUGAUGAAAGGGUCCCGAUUUAAAGCUUACUCAAGUAGAGAAGAUGCCGAGAAAUUUGCCAGGGGAAUUUUUGAUUAUUUCCCUUCUCCAAACAAAACCUCUGUGCCAGUGUCUCCUGUGAGGACAGCACCACUCUCUACCAAUGGCAGUUUAAAAGAUGGUCUGUGUGCAUCUGAGCCAGAAGCUGCAAACAAGGAGCGAGCGAACAGCUACAGAAACCCCCGCACGCAGGACCUUACUGCCAAGCUCCGCAGAGCAGUGGAGCAGGGAGAGGGCAAGGCCUUUUCUGACCUUGUCUGGAGCAACCCGCGGUAUCUGAUUGGUUCAGGGGAUAACCCAACUGUUGUGCAGGAGGGGUGCAGGUACAAUGUCCUUCAUGUGGCUGCCAAGGAGGGCCAUGCCUCCAUCUGCCAGCUGACCCUGGACACCCUGGAAGACCCCGAAUUCAUGCGGCUCAUGUACCCAGAUGAUGACCCCCACAUGCUGCAGAAGCGCAUCUGCUACAUUGUUGACCUGUACCUGAAUACUCCUGACAAGGCGGCCUACGACACGCCGCUUCAUUUUGCUUGUAAAUUUGGGCAUGCAGAUGUUGUCAACGUGCUCUCUUCACACCCUUUAAUUGUGAAAAACCCAAGGAACAAAUACCAUAAAACCCCUGAAGACGUUAUUUGUGAAAGAAGCAAAAGUAAAUCUGUGGAGCUGAAGGAGCGAAUUAGAGAAUAUUUAAAGGGCCAUUACUACGUGCCGCUGCUGAGGGCGGAGGACAUGUCCUCCCCUGUGAUCGGAGAGCUGUGGUCCUCGGACCAGACAGCCCAGGCCUCUCAUAGCCGACCCUGGGGAGGUGGCCCCAGAGACCCUGUGCUGACCCUGAGAGCCUUCGUGGGGCCCCUGAGUCCCUCCAAGGCAGAAGACUUCCGCAGGCUCUGGAAGACUCCACCUCGAGAAAAAGCCGGAUUCUUCCACAGCGUCAGAAAGUCAGACCCUGAGAGAGGUGCCGAGCGAGUGGGCAGAGAGCUGGCUCAUGAGCUACAGUACCCCUGGGCUGAGUAUUGGGACUUUCUGGGCUGUUUCGUGGACCUCUCCUCCCCGGAGGGCCUGCAGAAGCUGGAGGAGCACCUUGCUCAGCAGGAUGCAGGCAGGAACACCCAGUAUGAACCAGGAGAUGAGCUCUGUGCCUGGGAGGAAACUCCCACUUUUGCCUGGCCUGGGAGGAGUAGUGGCUCCAUCUCCGUGAGGGCCUUUCUCGACGAGGAGGACGACGCAAACUCAGGGGAGGUCACCAGCCAGCAGGAUGCAGUGCAUGGCCCUGCCCAGCCCUCUAUAGGUGCCUCUGGGGACCUGGGUGGCCACAGCUGGCCCCUGGGGCCGAAGACCAGCCCCAAAGCUGCCAGCACCAGCUCCCAGAGCAGUGGAGACCGCCCCCAUCACCCCACCAGCAGCAGCCAGGUCCCUGGUGCAGAGGGGGCACCCCCGCCACUCAUCUCUAGUUUGGCUGCUGAGUUUGAUAAAUUGAAUUUGCGGAACAUAGGAAGCAGCUUUCCUAGGACAUGGAGUAGAAAUGCAGAAGCUGGAGAUGAUGCCCUGGAGUCAGGAAGAGACACAGCAGAAAGUGACUUGUUGGCAGCAGACAUGCUCCAAACCCAAGGGGAAACAGAGAGCGAAGUGGCAGCCACUUCUUCACCACCGCUGGGGGGGCUCGUCUGGAGGCGCUUCCUUUUAGGGGAGGAGCCGUCCAAACUAGACAGGGAUGUCCUGGCAGCUCUGGAACGCGUGGACGUGGACCCCGGCCAGUACCCCGCUGUGCACAGGUGGAGGAGUGCUGUUCUGGGCUUCUCACCCUCCGACAGACAGAGCUGGCCAAGCCCUGCCCUACAAGGAAGGCUGAAGUCUCAGCUGGUGGAUCCUGCUCACCCUCGCAGCUGCAGCCCUGUGAGGGGCAUGUCCUCCAGGGGCAGCCCAGGAAGGCCCGGCGCAGGCCCUCACUCCCCUGGCCUGGGCAGCCCCAGACGCUACAGCCCAGCUUGUGGGGGCCACCUCCGCAGGAUGGUGCUUCUGGCCCAGCCUGCUGGUUUGUAGGCACCCAGCUCCCUCUUCCCAGAAAGAAGGGUAACAGAUUUAGUACUAAAACUUCACAAAAGAAUACAUUCUGCUUAAUUUAUUAAUCCUCACGUUGAGGAUGGAAGUAUUGUAGGCUGCGCAUGUGUUCUGUAUAAGAUCGAGGUUCUGCUUUUGGGGAGAAGUUGAUGUGGGCACGUUUGGAUACGUGACUUCUGGGAACAGCUAGUCUGGCCAGUGCGGAGUGCACAGGGUGCCCAGCUGCUGGCAUCCCCAUCUGGCCAGGAGGGCUGUUUCUGGGGAAAGCCACUGUUGCUCUGGCUCCUAACGGGAGAGCCCUUUGCUUUGCCACCCAAUCAGUUGCUUAAGCCCAGGAAUAAAUGAUCCUUGACUUUUUGACUCACAAAGACAUAAGUCAGGCCAUCAAACAUGCUUAGACUGGUGCCCACGGAUGCAGCUUUUCUGGGGAUACUUGUCCUGCAGGCAGCCACACAACCACUCACCCUCCCUAUGCCCUGGGAGAGUUGCCCACCAGACUCCUGACUGGAAUUUAUGCCAUUCCAGUCCUUGUAUGUCUCCUUAGUAAAGGGCACUGCUUCAGGCAGCUUGUGUCUGGCUCUGCCACCCAGGACAGCCCCACAGCGGCCCCAGCACCACCGUGAGUGCAGCCGGGGUGAGCUUCCCUAGGAACCUCAGUGCCUUUUGUAUGUACAUCACUUUACUCCUGACCUUUUUGAGAAUAUGCAGUGAUACUAAUUAGGUAGGAGUUUUUCUUUGUAAAAAUUCUGAAUUGAAACUUGUAUAAAAAGUCUUACUGCUUUCACCUGGUAACAGGAGACUGGUCCGCAGUCUUAGGGGCCGAGCUGGGUCCAGUAGCAGGUAGCUCACAGUGCUUGCACUCGUUGAGCCGACAGUCCAAGAGCAGCACUGGCUCCUCACAAGCCCCCAGCCACACAGGUUCUGUCUGUCCUCAUGGGACGCCGGGUAGGUAUUACGCCCGUGGCCUGCCCGUGGCCCCAGGUGGGGCCAGCUCCCAGCAAGUGCUCCGUUGCUCCUUUGGCAGUUUUUAUGUUCUUUUUAA